UCUUCCUUCUCUGUGAUUUAUUUUGCAAAAGAAUAGGAAAAAAGAAUCUGAGAUAGUCAUAAUUUUUGACCCUGUACAUUCGGGUUGAAAGAUGAUGCUGUAUAAUUGGGUUAAAAGGUGAGAAGUGUUAGUGAUAACAAUAGUAGCAGCAUGAAUACUAUCAACGCCGCUGCUACAACCAUUGUAUCUGCCGAGUCACGUGUCGAGCCUGCUACCGUUCAGGUAACAUAUAACUUGUUUUGCUUGUCUAUGAUUUUGAUUUUGAUUAUUUUGAAUGUCUUUGUGAGGCUUUUAAAAGUAAUGCUUUGAAUUCAAUUAGUUUUUUAUUUGUACUAAUAACAUAAAAUAAUGCUCUACAGGCUUUUAAAAGUGGCUUAAUCAAAUUUGAAUUCAGUUAUUAGUACUAAUAUUUUUCAGUAAACAUUAACAAGUUAAAAAAAAUGAGAUUUUGACUCGUUAAUAAGAAUAUCAAAUCAAGUUAAAACUGAGCUCAAACUAAUCUGGAUAUAUCUAAACUAAAUUCAAAAUCCAAUAUGUAAAAAGAAAUCUUUUUGUUAUUUCUAUAUGGAUUUUUAAAUUCUAUUGUCGAGCUUUAAUUUCCUAAAACAUGUAUUUGUUGUCAUUUAAAAUUGACCGAUAGGCGAAAAAUGAAAAGAAUUACAAAGGAUUGAUAAAAUAAUUAAAAGCUUGCUUCAUUAUUUGUCUUUUUAACCUUGAUUAAGAUUUGGCAAGAAUUGUUAAAACAUAUUAGUGAAUUUACAGACUUUGCUUUGUUUACAGCAGGCCUUGAAGGUAGAUGUUAUAUAUGUCUUAUAAACAAAUAUAGGUACUCUAUUAUCUCAGAGAUUAUUAAAAUAGUAUGGGGGGCUCACUUACAUAUUUAGUAUUCAAAACAUAAACUCCUUGCUGGCUUUCUUCUUUUGCCAUGCAAACUUUUCAUUACUGUUUUUCUUAUAAAAGAAACUUCAGUGUUCCACUUGCUAUUUAACAUUAUUGAAGAGCAUCAUAUUCUUGAUCAACCUUUGAGUUUUUUGAAUCCAUGGCUGCCCAAACGAAUUCCGAUGAAGCUCCAUCUCCCGGUUUCUUCAAAGUCGUUCUUCCGAGAGCUCUACAAGCCAAGAAACUGAUGAUUCCGAUCAAGUUUGUGAGGGCACAUAGUAAUCUGUUUAUGGAUUUUGUCAAUCUCAUCGUUCCGAAUGGCCAGUCAUGGAAGAUCGGAUUGGCAAAAUCUGACGACCAGAUACACUUCGACAAGAACUGGCAGGAAUUUAUGCAACAUUUCUCAAUUCAGAAAGAAUACUUUCUAACAUUUAGACUCAAAGGAAUUUCUACUCUCAAAGUGCGCAUAUUUAAUCCUUCCGGUUGCGAGAUUUGCUAUCCUUCAGUGGAAACUACUUCAGCAUGUAAAACCAAGCUUGAGGAAGGAGAGUGCAGUCACGGAAAAGCGAUGCAAGGAUGGAGAAACUUCAGAACAGAAGUGCCUUGUUUCAAACUCACGAUGCAAACAUACCAUUUCAAGCACAGAAUUGCUCAUUUACCAACUGAAUUUGGCCCAAUUCUGAAGAAAGCACCUGAACACAUCAACCUUCAAACUUCCAAGGGCCAAAAAUGGAGGGUUAGGCUGGGAAAACAAGUUGCUGAACGGAAAUACGAUCGAUUCAGAUUAGGGAAUGGAUGGGGUGAAUUCGUAGAUGACAAUCAUAUGAGUAUCGGAGAUGUUUGUGCCAUUGAGAUUAUCAACGAUAAUCUCUGGAAAGUUACUAUCUUCCGUGAUUGACAAGCAAUCCCACCUCCUCGGAUUUUACUGAUUUAAGCUUAUAUUUGCUUGAUGAAACUCUAAUUAGCUAUUAUGUAUUUUGAUGAUUAAGUAUUGUUACCACCUUAUUAUUUAGCGGUAUAAUUACUCAAAUUAGUACA